AUGAGUUUGUUCAAAAGAGAAACAUUAAAAGUAUUUAACUUCCAAAUUGAAAAUAAAUCAAGUUUUACCAAGUUGUUUGAAACAAGUAAGGAACUUAAAGAUGUAAGAAAAGAUUUAGCAAUAGGCAAAAAUAAUUUAGAAGCUGAUGAACUUCAAUUUAUUAACAAAGAUGGGAUAAAAAUCACUUAUAAAUGUGAGAAAAUUUAUGAUUUAAAAAAAAUAUGCUUUUUAAACUCUAAACAUAAACUUGCAAAAAUUUAUGAAACUCUUAUUAUGAAAAAUAUCAUAAAAGAACCCUUCUUUUUUAGAAAACAAGUUGGAAAUAUAAUUAACUUUGAUGAAGAAUUGAAUAAUUUAAAAAAAUUUCUAAAAGAUGAUAAUACAUUAUAUAUUUCUACUUUGCAAUAUUUUGAUAUUAUUAUUUGUAUCUAUCAUAGUUAA